UUCAUCUUGUUUACUUCACUUCUUUUUUUCUCUUUCAGAUCUCAUUUCCUUUCAUUUCAACUCAUUUUUCUUCAUUUCUUUUUUUUUUAAAUUGUCUUUUCUUUUAUUUUCUUCUCGUAAUUUCUCCGUCCAUGACCGGCGCCGCUGCUCGAGCCUCCACUCGCCCGGCGCCGCGGCCGCACCAUCCGCCGCCCGCAGCCGCGCCGAUCGUUCCGCCAAUAAGGCGCCACUUGGCCUUCGUCACCACCAAACCUCCGUUUGGUUUUUCCGAUGAUUACCAUCACUUCUCCUCUUCUGCCGCAACUACUCGCCGAGCCGACGAUCACGAACCUGAAGCUAUUGUUGUUAGAUCUCCUCAAGUAAAGAGGAAGAAUGGAAUGAAUGACAAUGAGGCUGAAUUCGGUGAUUGGGCUAGCAGUCCUGGAUUCGCUAACUUGUCCAUCUGUCCCUUCCAGACUCCUGUAUCAGCAAAAGGGGCAAGGGUAAACAACAGGGUAAAGGCCACGAAGGGCAAUAGAUCAACUCCUCAGACUCCUAUGUCAAAUGGUGGUUCCCCAUCUACUCCUACUCCAGCUGGCAACUGCCGUUAUGACAGUUCCCUAGGGCUCCUGACAAAAAAAUUCAUUAAUCUCAUUAAGCAUGCUGAAGAUGGUAUGCUUGACCUGAACAAAGCUGCAGAAACUUUAGAGGUGCAAAAGAGGCGGAUAUAUGACAUAACAAAUGUCUUGGAAGGAAUUGGUCUUAUUGAGAAGAAGCUCAAGAACAGAAUACGUUGGAAGGGAAUUGAUAAUUCAACAACAGGGGAGUCGGAUGGUGAUGCCUCCAUUUUACAGGCUGAAGUUGAAAGUCUUUCCCUGGAAGAGCGCAGAUUAGAUGACCAAAUUAUGGAAAUGCAAGAAAGAUUGAGGGGUUUGAGUGAAAAUGAAAACAAUCAAAAGUGGCUUUUUGUGAGUGAAGAAGAUAUCAAGAACAUACCCCGUUUCAUGAAUGAAACCCUUAUUGCAAUCAAAGCUCCCCACGGAACUACACUUGAAGUCCCUGAUCCUGAUGAAGCUGUUGAAUACCCACAGAGGAGAUACCGGAUAAUUCUUAGAAGUACAAUGGGUCCUAUUGAUGUAUACCUUAUUAGUCAAUUUGAGGAGAAGUUUGAGGAGAUGAAUAGUGCUGAGCCACCUGUAAGCUUCCCACCUGCUUCCAGUUCAGAGUUUAAUGAAAACCAAGUGAGGGAGAUGGUCCCUGUGGAGAGCAGUGGAAAUGAAAUUGAACCUCAGGCACAACAAGCUCAUCAAGGGUGCUCUGAUCUUAAUUCUUCACAGGAUAUUGUUGGGGGAAUGAUGAAGAUUGUUCCUUCAGAUGUUGAUAAUGAUGCCGACUAUUGGCUUCUAUCAGAUGCUGAUGUUAGUAUCACAGAUAUAUGGAAGACAGACUCAGGUGUUGAAUGGGGCGGAGUAAAUAUGUUGCAUGCUGAUUUCGAAAUGUCUGAUGUCUCUACUCCUAGGGCACAAACUCCACCAUCUAGGAUUUCUGAAGUGCCAUCUUCUGAUGUUAACAAUACCAUAAGAUGAUAUUUUAUAUAUCUAAUAAGCUAAAUGCGGAGACUUGUCCAGUAAUGUACCAUGUCUACCAGUUAAGAAUACUAACGAGUGAACAACGUACAACUCGGGAAUUUGUGGAAGAAGUUGACAGAUGAACAGGAGAUUAUCGCUGUGCCUGUACUGCAUAGCUGAGUAAAUUUUUUGACCCAUGGUUUAGUAUAAAUAAACUUUAUUUGUGGAAUAGUAAACAACAUUUUUUAUGUAGGUAGCACCUUCGAUUCUGUUAUUUGAAAUAUGAAAGGCAGUGAUAUCUAAAUGUUGUGAUGCAGAUAAGCUGGGUAAUCAGGUCAUUAAAAUUUCUGGCCUGGAUUGCUCUGAUGUAUGAUAUUGAAAGUUAAA